UUUACAGAGGCAUGUUCGGCAAGAACGACACCAAAACCAAGACCACCGCCAACUCCAACACCCCGACCAAAUAUAACAUUCCAUACAUACAAAUGUCCGGCAACAUAUGCUGAAUGGUAUUGUUUGAAUGAUGCAACAUGUUUUUCAGUUAAAAUUGGUGAUGAAAUUCUAUAUAACUGUUGGUGUGCGGAUGGUUAUAUGGGUCCCCGAUGUGAAUACAAAGAAAUCGAUGGAUCAUUUUUACCAACGAGACCACGUAUUAUGAUGGAAACAGCUAGUAUAGCAAGUGGUGCAACAUUAGCAUUUAUAAUUGUUUUAAUAUUAUGUCUUAUUUUAUAUAUACGAUAUAAACAAAAUUUAAAACAAAAAUUAGCAGAACAAAGUAAUGGUAAUACAACUGGUAUUGAUACUGUUGAUGGUUUUCCACCACCAUCAGCAACAUUACAACAACAACAACAAUAUCAAGAACGUAGACCAUUUGGUCCACAUCAUACAAUUCCAAUUCCAAUGGCAGCGACGCUCAACAGAUAAAAUCAACUUUUUUAAAAUUAAAUUUAUUUUUUUUUUUUUUUAAAUUGAAUUUAAUUGAUUAUUGAAAUAUAUUUAUAUAUAUAAAUAUAUAUAUAUAUAUAUUAAAAUAUAAAAUUGAGAAAAGAAAAAAAAACUUGUAAUUUAAAUUGAAUA